UGCAGCUUUUAAAAGCUCUUUUUCUCUUGUAAACACUCGUCAAGUAUUCUCUGCCAUUUACUUCUACGGCUUAAUUUAAAUCUGACUUUUCAAGGCCAUUGAUUCUUUAUAUCUUGCGGUUGUUUACGACCUGUGAACUUUUUAAAAGCCGUGCUUUACGGGUAAGUGGGUUACGUAGCGCCAGAAACCAGAAGUGGAGUGGCCCUUGUUCGCUGUGAAGCUCUGAUAAUUUGUCUGGUUUCUCGAACUCUCUACGAGUUUGGUUUGAUCCUUCUAUAAAAACUAAAAUCAACGUGCUGAGGUAUUUCUGAAAGCAAGAAAUUAUUGAAUUUGGAUUCGCGUGGAGAAAUUCCGAAAUCUUGAGCGGAAGGAUAUCCAAUUGAAUUCACUGCAGUACUUCGAAUGAUGAGCAAUCAAAAGCUGUUGAAGGAAUUUUGAAAGAACGUAGCUGGAAUUUAUAGCAAAACCCAGAGGAGAGCUGAGAAAAAUUUGUCACACAAAACAUUGCAUGCAUGAGUGAUUUUUCCCACUGCAUAGCAAAUAUCUGUUAAAGAGAGUUAGGGUUUCCUCGCAAGUUUGGCUGGAAGUUUUACCUAAAGUGAAAAGCCUUGGACAUUUGUCAUGUCUGAGGAAAGUGAUGAAAGAAUCUCUAGAGUUGAAGCAAGGAGAAGGAGGAGGGAACAGAGAAGACUCAGUGUAGACACUGAUGAAGAAAACAAAUCGGUGAAUGGAGUUGAUGACUCUGGAGUUGUUGGAGGUGGUCGGUCUCGAUCAUCAACUACUGAUAGUGAUAUUGAACUAACAAAGGCUCUAAGUCGGGAGGAGAAGAGGCAAGAAAGGAGGGAGAAGAAGAGACAGAGAGAAAUGGCAGAAAAAUCCAAAGAACCAGCAAAAUCAGCUGCUGUUAUAACAGACUUCAGCAAAAGAGAAAUCCGAGAAAGGAGGCCCAGUGAUCCUGAAAUCCUGUCUGGGGGUAGUGAGAGUGUUGAUGACACUGACAAGGAAAAUGAACAGAUAAAUGCGCAGAAACCAGCAGGUAAAAAAUCUGGUUAUGGCUCAUAUGCCUCAGCUUUGCGACGAGGAUCACAGGGCACUGAUGUUGACAAGAGAAAGGAACGUUAUGCAGCUGCAAUAGAAGGAUACAAUGUCAGGGAUGACGAUGGUGAUGAUGACAUCAUGGAUUAUUCACCGCGUGACCCUAUGGAUCAGCAACCAGACAUCAAGUCAACUGCACCAGUAAAAAGAAUAAAAGAAGAUUAUUUGACUUCAGCAUCUGGAACAGGAAGGAAAGUAGAACGUUCUGAGGAACAACCAACCCCCCAUCAUUUGGAAAGGCAGUGGCCUCCUCCCCCUUCAGAAGAUGAUGAUGAUGAAAAAGAAGGAGAACCCCGGAAAGGCGUGGUGAAAACAUUUGAGGAACCUGAGGCGGUAGAAGAAGACAGAGGAAUUGAUGAAGGUCAUGUUGACUCAGUCAAGUCUUUGAAAGAACAGUGGCAGGUAAAAGAGCCAUCUAAACCAUUGGGUGUUAACAAACCUUAUGUCCCCUUGAAGAAAGAUGAUCUGUGGAUCACCCAUUUUAGGCCUGUCAUUGAUGAAGGAGAAGCCCCAAAAGAACCUUCAUGGUUACAGACGGUAAGGCAACGUAGAUGGAGAUCCACUGUAGCAGCGCGCUUUCCUCAAGAUGACCAAGAGAAGGCUGUCUUUGAAAAUCGCUCCACAACACCAAGAAAAAUUAAGAAGCCUAAUCCUUACACUCUCAUGCGUUCAAAGUCUGACCUUGAUGAUGAAUUUGAAAUGGCUAUGAGGCGAAGGCGUCGGAAAACUGAUGAUGAAGACUCUGUUGAUGCCAGCAAACGAUCAUGGUCGUCUUUUGGGGAGGCAGAUCAUUCUGAUUCUGUUGCUGUGCUGAGUAAGGUUCCAAUUAAAGGUCCCUUGAAGGAGUACAAGAAAAACCUUGAAUUGGAAAGAGCACGCACAACCAUGUUAAAAUGGACAUUUUCAACAGACCUGGUUGAUGAUCCUCUUCGAUUUGAUCUUCCCAAGCCCAUCGACCUGACAACGCAAGAAGACUAUGAGAAGGAGCAGGAGUGGAAGUAUAUGCAGUCACGUCGCCGAUUUUUGAGUGGAAGUGAAACAAAUGGUUUUGGAGAUUCAUCAAUGAGAUCAUCAAUGUCUUCACUGAGUGAUGGAGAACAUCCUCCCAAGUCACCUGUUUUCAGCACUCCUGGUGAGCCUCUGAAAAAGACAUCUGUUAGUUCAGGGGAGUCGCCCAGUCCUGAGCCUAGAACUGAUGAGCAUGUUGAACCAGCUGAAACAUCUGAACCAGCCAGAGACCACAUGUUCAGUCAGGGAGUGUCUGACAUUAAGAAGAAUUUGUUGACUUCAACUAAAGAAGAACCCCUUAAAUCCACUAUUGCUGAUGAUAACCUUGAAUAUGUUCCUAAACUGGCUGAUAUAAAAAAGAAAAUGCAAGAAAAAGAAGAAUCAAUACCAAAGUGUACUCCUCUUAAUGAAGAAAUCCAAAUGCUUCCAAAGAUGAAAGACAUUAAGAAUAGGUUUUUGGCUCCCAAAAAGGAGCAAGCUUUGAAGAACCCUGAGUUUGAAGAAGGGGAACAGUUUGAGAGACUGGAAAGCCUAAAGAGUAGGUUUCAAGCCAAAGAUGGUGAAGAAGAACCACGAGCUUUGAGCAAACCUAAGUUGAAAAAGAAACUGAGUACUAGUGAUGACAUGAAGGCAAUCAUGGCAAGCCGUAGGCAGAUGACAGAUGAGUUUAUAAGUGAGAGUCCAGACACUGCACAAGAGAUAAAAAGUUUAGCCACUGAUAUUGCCAAGACCUUUGGUUCUGAGGGUGCUGAUUCUCCAAAGCAAAAGAAAGAAAAAAGAAAGAAAGAGAAUGAAGGAAACAAGAAACCAGAAGUAAGUGAAAGUGGCACUGAAGAAAGUGAGACUCCACAGUAUGGUCCUUGUGGAAAGCCUGAAGGGUGUGGGACAGAUGACGAGCUUGAAAAACGCUCAAAUAAGGAGCUGGAUAUUUUGCCAACACUUGGAGAUGAACUGAAUGAGGAACCAGAGCCCAUUUACAACAAAGAAAAAGUUCUUCAAGCUGAGUAUGGUCCUUGUGGAAAGCCUGAAGGUUGUGGAACGGAUGACGAGCUUGAAAAACGCUCUAGCAAAGAGAUGGAUAUUUUGCCAACGCUUGGCAAUGAACUGAACAAUGAACCAGAGCCCAUUUGCAACAAAGACAAAGUUCUUCCAGCUAAGUCUGGCUUCUUGGAAAGUGCUCCAGAAAGAGAUUCAUUCACUGAUGAUGAUCAAAUCGAGCAUUACAGUACAAUGAGUGAGGAGGAUAAGAUCAAGAAGCAAGAGUCAAUAGACACAGUGGAAACUUCGGCUAAGGAGAGUGACACCGAGAGUGAAGCAGAAAUGCACUCUAAAGAAGAAGAUAGAGAUGUUGUUGAAGAUGAUGAGGAGGAUUUCUUGAGCUCAGAGAGUGAAAAUGAUAAAGAUGAGGAAGAUGGUCCAAGUGAAGCAGAAAUUGAUGGGAAUUUGACUUCUCGCUCGUCACAUGAUAGACCCUUAUCGUACGCAAUGGAAGAUAAUAAUAAGAAAAGACUACUCAAGGAAGAUGAGGAGAGGCCAAAGUCAUAUGCCUUUGGAGAAGGUGAAAAUGCAGAGGAUCCACAAAUCACAUCCAACUUAAGGGCCUUUUCCGACCAAAGAAGGAGAAUCAAGCCAACCAGAAGGCAUGCAGCCAGUAGUAACCCUGUGCGUCAACGUCAAAACAGAGAUGACCUAAGAACCACUACAGAUAUUUUAAAGAUCCGAGGGGAAGAAAAGCCAUCAAUGGCAAACAAGAAAAGAAAACAGAAAGGUUUUACUGAUGAAGCAAUUGCUGGUUUGUCAAGCACAGAAGAUCUGGCUUCUGCGAGCACUGCGCUGAGAAAGACAGCUAAAGAUGCUUCAGGAGUUAGCAAAGAAAUAAAAGAUUUUGGAGGAUUUUUGCCUGUAAUGCUGUUACAAAUUAAAGGUUCAAGGCAUAUUCAAACAAGAUUGGUUGAGCCUUCAGUCAAAUCACUUAAUUCUGGAGAUGUGUUUGUAUUGGUCACUGCAAAGGACAUCCAUUUAUGGAAUGGGAAGGAUGCCAGCAUAAUGAAGAAAGCCAAGAUCUUCCUUCCGAUGAAGAACAUGAAAGAGGUUUGAUAAAGACUAAUUUAAUUUACCGAGUCAGUUGUACAUCAGACCCUCCAGAACUGGUACUUCGUGAUGACCUGUCAGGACGUGUCCUCAGUGCAGAUUUGAUGGAUAAUUCGCAGGCUUACGUGGUUGACUUUGGCUCAGAAGUGUACCUGUGGCUCGGUAGAAACUGUGACGCUCUGGCACGAGCAAAGGGUGUGUCCCUGGCACAAGAGAUUUUUAAUAAACCAUUCAAGUUGAGGAGUAGCCUCAGUCCGUUAGACCCUAAAACGCUUUUGGAUGACCCGCCGGCGACGACUGAAGUCGCCCGCCCACCCUGGGCUCUGUUUGGGCGCAUGACAGCCCGCUCAGAGACAGUUCUUUUUAGGGAAAAGUUCAUUGAUUGGCCCGAUCAUAAUGUCGAUUACACACAGGAUUUUGUUAAACAGCCCAUAAGUGGAAGCUUCGCUGAUAUGUCUGAGAAGGCUUCUUCUGAUCACGAAGGGAGCUGGGAUGUAAGAAAACGUGGCAGAAAGAAGCGACCCAGCAGCAUAUUUGAGAUGCAGCCCUGUGAACCUGCAGACUUGAUCGAGCUUCCUCCUGAACCAAGCAUGAUUCUAGAAGGUUUGUUGUUUAGCCUUUCAAACGUUUAUAUCAGCAAAUUGAGGUGGGUGGCCUGUGCUGUAAAGUAUGCGUUCAGCAUACUGCUAGGAGUAUUUCUUUCGAAACUAUCAGCCAAAACUCACAUUGUUUACCAUAUCGCUGAAUGCAAUCUUCCGUUGCUAGGUUACGUAGUCAGGUGGAAGUACUGUGUCAAGCUGACAGGCGUAAAAUCGCUGAAGGGAAAGCAGUCUCGCUAUGAGGAUGUUGGUCGGGAUAAGGUGGUGUACUUCUUCUGGCAAGGAAAUGACUGUACACUGAAUGAGAAAGGAACUGCCGCGCUUAUGACUGUCGAGCUUGACUCCGAUAAAGGGCCCCAGGUUCUAGUCGCGCAAGGAAAGGAACCCCCUUGUUUUACCAGAUUGUUCGACGGAAAAAUGGUUGUUCACUUAGGAAAGAAAGAUUCUCUGGAAGAGACAGAUAAUGGCGCGCUAUUCUUUGUCCGAAAUGAAGAACCUGAAGAAUCUUAUUUAUUACAGAUACCAGCAAGUUCAUCUUGCCUGAGAUCGCGAACAUCAUUCAUUGUAGCGGACAACAAUAAAACAAUCCUGCAUGCCUGGCACGGCUGUCAAUCCCCGGCAACCACGAAACAAGUGGCUGUAACCGCCGCAAAGAGACUAAAGAAAUGGUUCAGCCAGCAAUAUUCCAAGGACUUUAAAGCAAAGGAAGUUUCCGAAGGGGAGGAGAGCAAAGAUUUUUGGAAUGUUCUCGGUGGAAAGACAGGCUUUGUUUCACUUCUUGAAGAUUCGAAGAAACAUGACUAUACGAUGCGUGUUUUCCACCUGAAGAGCUCAAGUGGUUCGUUUGAAGCUGUUGAAGUGUUAAACCCGGCCAGAUCUGAUCACAUCACACCUUACCCGAUUCUUCAGACACAACUGUACUCAACGGAUCAACCAGCCUUGUUUUUGGUGGACGCUGUGCAUGUCAUGUACCUUUGGCACGGCUGGUGGCCGAGCGGAGACGAUUCCGAGUCCAGAGCCUCAACAACAGGCUCCGCGGAAACGCGAUGGAGCAAUGACAGGCGGCUGGCGAUGGAAACCAUCAAGUCUUAUGCAACAGAAUUAAAGCGCGACUUUUCUCAAGUAUUCAUUGUGUUUGCUGGUCUGGAACCAAAACCGUUCAAACUGCUUUUCCCGUUUUGGGAGGAAAGACCCGACGUGGCCAAAAUAAACAUAGCGGACGGAAAAGCUGAAGGCGAUACGUUAAAAGUAGAAACAGAACUUGCAAAACUCUCAAGGCAGGAGUACAGUUUAGAAGAACUGAAACAAAAACCGGCCCCUGAAGGGGUUGAUCCGUCAAGACUUGAGACAUAUCUGAGUGCUGACGACUUUCAGAAACCUUUUAACAUGACCAGAAGCGCAUUUGAUGCUCUGCCAAUGUGGAAGAAGACAAAUCUCAGAAAGAAAGCUGGACUUUUUUAGCGUCUUCCACGAAUUACAAGAUAUUUAAUUCGAUUAGUUUAUUAGUGUGUUUAAACAAAAGUAUUUUGUGACUAUUUACCUUUGUCGUGCAGUUGCUAAGGAGUUCCGAGGGGAAUUAUUAUCAUCAGAUAGCGAGAGUUUAUCACAAGUUCGCUUCCCUGAUCUCAGAACGUUUAGCAAUUAACAGUUUGCGCGGAGACUUAAUAAACAUCGCCUGAAAUUUUUACCUAAAAAGCUAAAACUGAGAUCAUCGUGAAGCUUUUUAGGUUUAUUCACAUUUAAAUUUCGUGAAGUGGAGACUUAACGACAACGGUUAUUUUGUUUGAAAUAUGAUAACUUUCCUGUGUGUCAACGUUUUAGUUCGAUACAGUUUAGAAAAUGUACUGCUCUUUUAACUUUUUGCGCUGUUCACGAUGAAAAUGAUGCAUUAAUGAAAAGUCAGUCGGUAAAGAGUGAACCAGAAGGCUGCAUCUUUCACUGUUGAAAUAUACGAGGAAAGUAUUGCACUAGAUCAUCCAAGCGCACUGGGAUUCUAAACUAUUUUGGAUUGCAAUAAAUUGUUAAGAAAAAAACUUAAGUGGAGAGGGCUAAAGUUUUCUAUGAGGGAAGUAAGGGCCUGAGUGAAUCUUAAGUGAGAGAAACUGGCAAAUCGUGAGUCUCAAAACCCGUUUAUUAAGACUUUUUCAGAUAUUGGCUUUUCUUUGCAACACACGAACAAAUGGCUAACUCGGGGUAAACAAACUGACAAGAAAGACUGUGUUAGUGGCUGGUAAUAAGGUUGUUCAUCGCUGUCUUUGCUUGUUUGUUAGUUAAUUUGUUUGAAUUGAAAAGAAACGGUUUCAACUUAAGAUUAAAGCCAGCCAUGUAAUAGUAAACUUUAGUAGAAAUAACUAGUUAGCAGUGGUAUCUUGAAGAAGCUCGUGUUUCAGUGAAAGAUGUUGCAAUGUAAAUAUAAUCAGAUUUUCUUUGGACUCUCGAAACGUUAGCGUAAUUAAGAUGUGUGUUUGUUUGCAUUUCUUAAUGUUUUCAUAGAAUGAUUGAAGUGGGAGUUGAGUUUGGUCUUUGUGGGUGCUGAAGUAUGAUUCUGGCUUUAGUACUGGCGUUCAGUUAAGGCUCCUAGCUUUUAUAAUCCAGUUUGACAGUGUUUGAAAGUUAGAACCUGCUUUUGUGUCAAAUGAACUUAAGAGAUGUCUAGCAAGUUUCUAAAGGAGAGUUAAAUCAAUAAGCUUGGAUCCGGGUCCAAGAUAACACCAAGGGAAUUUGAUUUGGUAGACUCAGUAGAAUUAUUUUUUCAACUUAGAUUGGUAUACUGAGAAAAAAAAAAACAUUUUUGAUCGGCAUGAAUUUAAUCUCAUAGUUGUUAAUCAAUGUAUGUAAUUCCAUUUAAUUAAUUGCACAGUUUGAUAAUAUUUAAUACUAUGCCUUUAGAUGUAUCUCUGUUCAAUUUAACACAGUAAUGUGAAAUAAUUAAAUGCGCAGUUGGCAAAGGAUAGAUAGAAGUCUGGUUGAACAAGAAGAAGAGGAGAAGAGGUUUUUUGUUAUAUCUGAGAGGUCGACCAGGGCAUCGACAAUGAACUGAAAAGAUGGAUUUUAGGUUAAAGAGUAUAUUCUCGUAAAGUCUCUGAAUAUUGAAGUUCCUCAGCUACAUGUUUUCUUGAUCAUUUCCAUGGGAAAAAAAGUCUAGAUAUUUGCGUUGCGCGUCUUUUUAUCAGUGAAAAAGUAAUGUAGUUAGGAAGAAGUAUCUUUCUUUAGGAUAAAGAAUAAAUUGAUGUUACUUUAAUAUUCGAAUAAAUUAACACUAAGCUUGGAAGCUAAAA